CUCUCCUCGGUUUCUUCCCGUGCGUUUCUCCUCGUAGACGUCGGCUCUCUGUGCUACAUUCUUACGCGUUCCCUCGUUCUUGCCCGUUCUCAAACCGUUCGGAUCCGUCCUUUCUUUUCGUUCUCUCUUUUCCUGUCCGUCAAAACUCUCCCUAUUCCCCUUGAUAUUCCCCCUUUUUCUUCCCCAUUACGACAUACAUAUACAUACAUACAUACAUACAUACAUGUACACGUAUAUAUACACUUACAAUUACCGUAUACUCCCCUGAUACCUAUCCCCCCCUUUUACGCCCGUUCCCUGGUUCUUCUCUGUGUGUUAGAGUGUGUCAGAGAUUUUGACCGGUGUGUCGGCUGGAUUACUCGGUACGCGUUUUCUCGCGUUUCGAAUCAGAGGAGGAAAGCUCUCCGGGGGCUGCGCGUGUAUUUUCGUGCGUCGCGCGGGGUCUCGUGUCUGGUGGGUCGCGCCGCGCGAAACCUACGAGAGGCUGCUGUUUCUUCUCGCUUCUCUGUCUGUCUCCCCCUCGAAGUCUCUUCGUUUACAUUUUUUCGUUCUCCCUUUCUCCGUUUUUCUUUUCUUUCUUUUUCAAACUUUCCUUUGGUCCAAUUUCUGCCCAUCAAGAAAGAAAGAGCCGCGUGUGUAAUACAUGUGAGAGAGGGAGACUCGAGGACCGUCUUUCUUUUUUUUUUCUUGGUUCCUCUUGGCAGUCUUUCGUCGUCCUCGGCGUGCAGCAGCGGCGACAAGCGGCGGCAGCCAGCAACACACGGCAACGAGCGGGCGUCCGUGACACGAUCCAGGGUAAUCGAGCGAUCCGUUUGUUCGUGGUUGCAAGUAUACGAGUGCUUCGAAACGCGCGAAUAAAUGUGUCGGUCACGGUACAAGACGUGAAGCGGGGGAAUACACGGCAAGUGAGUAUAUUUUUAGUAGCAAGCGCCAAGCGCUAAAGGCAGAGUGGUAUAAACGGCGCGCAGUGGCCUGAUGAAGCGGCGUAUGUGACAUCAAAUUUCUCUCUCUUGCCACCUCGACGAGACACCGAGACAUCUUGCAGACCAUCAGCGCGCGCUGUUGGCCCUCCAAUUUUCUGGAGGCCAGUGGUGUCAGUGACACCAGAGAAUAAUACGAGCUGCUAGCGUGAAGGAGUACAGUAGAGUUGGCUUAGGCCAACGUCGGUGUACAAAGCAAAAUGGCAACAAUAGAUGGCCGACCAACCCAAUAUGGUAUCACUCUUAAGCAACUUCGUGAGCUCAUGGAGCUCCGGGGACGUGAAGGUGUCAAUAAAAUCAGUAGUUAUGGUGGUGUGCAGGAGAUUUGUAAAAAAUUAUACACUUCACCCAGUGAAGGUCUCAGUGGAUCAGCAGCCGAUAUCCAACAUAGACGAGAUACAUUUGGUUCCAAUCAAAUACCUCCAAAACCACCAAAAACGUUUCUACAACUAGUGUGGGAAGCUCUUCAAGAUGUUACAUUAAUCAUCUUGGAAGUAGCUGCAUUGGUUUCAUUAGGUCUUAGCUUUUAUCAGCCAGCAGAUGAUGAGGAGAGACCUUUGAUAGAUGAAGAUGAAUCAAAGUACGGUUGGAUAGAAGGAGCUGCUAUAUUUGUUUCUGUGAUCUUGGUGGUAAUAGUAACAGCUUCCAAUGAUUACUCUAAGGAAAAACAGUUUAGGGGUCUCCAAAGUCGGAUAGAAGGGGAGCAUAGAUUCUCUGUCAUUCGGCAAGGAGAGGUCAAACAGAUCUCUGUGACUGACAUUGUUGUUGGUGAUAUAUGUCAGAUAAAAUAUGGAGACCUGCUGCCAGCAGAUGGUAUCCUUAUACAAAGCAACGAUCUCAAAGUGGAUGAGUCCAGUUUAACCGGAGAGUCAGACCAUGUUAAAAAAGGAGAAUCGUUCGAUCCCAUGGUACUCUCAGGUACACAUGUGAUGGAGGGUUCUGGGAAAAUGUUAGUUACCGCUGUGGGCGUUAACUCGCAGGCUGGUAUUAUCUUUACUUUGUUGGGUGCUGCUGUUGAUCAACAAGAACAAGAAAUCAAGAAGAUGAAGAAAGAGGCUAAGAAGCAGCGGAAGAAGAAGUCAUUAACAGGAGAUGAAGCUGGAGAAAUAACUGGAAACAGCCAUGUGAGUGGAGGCAAGCACGAGGCCGGGGAGAACCAUCACGCAGCCAGCCAUGCGGGCGGAGCAGAAGGGAAGAAAGAGAAGAGUGUUUUACAAGCCAAGCUAACUAAACUCGCCAUACAAAUCGGUUAUGCCGGCUCGACCAUAGCAGUGCUUACUGUUAUCAUUCUAGUCAUUCAGUUCUGCGUUACCACGUUUGUGAUAGAGGGGAAACCUUGGAAAAAUAUGUACGCUGGUGAUCUGGUGCGGCAUUUGAUCAUUGGUGUAACGGUACUCGUAGUCGCCGUUCCCGAAGGUCUUCCUCUAGCUGUCACCCUCUCCCUCGCUUAUUCCGUUAAGAAAAUGAUGAAAGACAACAACUUGGUACGUCAUUUGGAUGCUUGCGAAACUAUGGGUAACGCCACGGCAAUCUGUUCGGACAAGACUGGUACCCUGACAACCAACCGGAUGACCGUCGUUCAGUCGUACAUAUGCGAGAAAAUGAGCAAAAAGGUCCCGGAGUUCUCGGAGAUCCCGUCGCACAUCGGAAACUUAAUAAUUCAAGCUAUCGCUGUUAAUUCGGCGUACACAUCCAGAAUAAUGCCCCCGCAGGAACCUACAGAAUUGCCGCUUCAAGUCGGUAAUAAAACCGAAUGUGCCUUACUUGGAUUCGUAGUAGCCCUGGGCAUGAACUAUCAGACGAUACGAGACGAUCAACCUGAGGAAACCUUCACACGGGUGUACACGUUCAAUAGCGUUAGGAAGAGCAUGUCUACUGUCAUCCCGAGGAAAGGUGGUGGAUACAGACUCUUCACCAAGGGCGCUUCCGAGAUCAUUAUGAAGAAAUGUGCCUUUAUAUAUGGUCGUGAAGGUCAUUUGGAGAAAUUUACCAGAGAGAUGCAGGAGCGUCUGGUAAAGAACGUGAUCGAGCCGAUGGCGUGCGACGGACUCCGUACGAUCUGCGUCGCAUAUCGCGACUUCGUUCCCGGCAAGGCAGAGAUCAAUCAGGUUCACAUCGACAACGAUCCAAAUUGGGAGGACGAGGAGAACGUCGUAAACAAUCUCACGUGUUUGUGCAUCGUCGGUAUUGAGGACCCGGUACGUCCGGAGGUGCCGGACGCGAUCAGGAAGUGUCAGAAGGCGGGCAUCACUGUGCGAAUGGUGACUGGAGACAAUAUAAAUACUGCGCGUUCCAUUGCCCUGAAAUGUGGGAUUUUUAAGCCGAACGAAGACUUCCUGAUCUUAGAAGGCAAAGAGUUCAACAGGAGGAUCCGUGACGCUAACGGCGAGGUACAGCAACAUUUGCUGGACAAAGUGUGGCCGAGGUUAAGGGUGUUGGCUAGGUCGUCGCCUACAGACAAAUACACGCUCGUGAAAGGCAUAAUCGAUAGCAAAGCGAGCGUGAGUCGCGAGGUUGUUGCUGUAACCGGUGAUGGAACGAAUGACGGUCCUGCUUUGAAAAAGGCGGAUGUCGGCUUUGCCAUGGGCAUUGCCGGCACCGAUGUCGCUAAAGAAGCUUCUGAUAUCAUUCUAACGGACGAUAAUUUCUCGUCGAUCGUGAAGGCAGUUAUGUGGGGUAGAAACGUCUACGAUAGUAUAGCGAAGUUCUUGCAGUUUCAAUUGACCGUCAAUAUCGUCGCUGUUAUAGUUGCUUUUAUCGGAGCAUGUGCCGUGCAAGAUUCCCCCCUUAAAGCGGUGCAGAUGUUGUGGGUGAACUUAAUCAUGGACACAUUAGCAUCUCUUGCAUUGGCCACCGAAAUGCCAACGUCUGACCUUCUUCUUCGUAAACCGUACGGUCGCACGAAGCCGCUCAUCUCCAGGACAAUGAUGAAGAACAUUCUCGGCCAAGCUGUCUAUCAAUUGUCUGUAAUUUUUAUGCUUCUUUUCGUUGGUGAUAAGAUGCUUGACAUCGAAACAGGCCGGGGAGUUGCGCAGACUGGUGGCGGUCCAACGCAGCACUUCACCAUCAUCUUCAACACAUUCGUCAUGAUGACUCUUUUCAACGAAUUUAACGCUAGGAAAAUCCAUGGUCAGCGUAAUGUCUUCCAAGGAAUAUUCACCAACCCCAUCUUUUACUCUAUCUGGAUCAUGACAUGUCUAGCGCAGGUAAUUAUCAUACAAUACGGUAAAAUGGCGUUCAGCACGAAAGCUCUCACAUUAGAACAAUGGAUGUGGUGCCUGUUCUUCGGAGUCGGUACUCUAUUGUGGGGCCAAGUAAUUACGACUAUUCCUACGCGCAAGAUUCCUAAAAUCCUUUCAUGGGGCCGCGGCCAGCCGGAUGAUAUCGGUGCGAUCAAUCUCGGAGAUGAGAAAUUCGACCCUGACUCGGAUAAAAAGCCGCGCGCAGGACAAAUUCUAUGGAUCCGUGGUCUAACACGACUACAGACACAGACGAGCAAUAGAACUCUGGUGCAGAAUGUAUCUGUGACAGGCAGAUCCCCCUCUCAGGAUUACUAUAUGAUCCGCGUAGUGAACGCAUUUCGGCAGGGCCUAGACGCGCGCUACACGAGCGAGCACAGCACCACUACAUUGGCGGAGGUACUGAGAAAACAGUCGUCCUUAAGUAAGCGGCUCUCGCAGACGAGCAGCAUCGAAUACGCCGACAACAACCCAGACGAGCUGACCAUACCCGAGAUAGACGUGGAAAGGCUGUCGAGUCACAGUCACACCGAAACCGCCGUUUAGAACAGGAGAAGUAUGGCGUGGAUCUCAGCAGCCAUCACGACGACGACAGUCUUCAUCAAGCUGUGUGUUAUGUUCGAUCCUCUCUGACGAUGUGUAAAACACGACGAAAAAUUGAUCAUCCUCAUCCUUGUUUUUCUCGUGGCCAGCGCGUUUGGAAAAAAAAAGAAACAAACAAAAAUGAAAAAAACAGGACGAAAAUCGUGUGCAUUGAUCUUCCUGGACAACAAAGGAAGAAAGGGGAUCGUAUUCCUAACCUAGUCAAACGAAGUCGAAUGAAACAAUAAAAAAAAAUCGUGUUCGCGAGUUAGGUCCUCGUCAUUUUCUCUCUCUGUUCGUGCUUUGUUAUCGGCGGUCGAUUAUAGUAGAACGGACGAUUUUAUCGUAUGUCGGUCAUGCCGUGUUCAGUCUGGGAGAAGAGAAGGAAAAAAGCUAUGAAAUGGAAGAUAUAAAAACACGAUGACGAUGACCUUCUGCCCACGAUACGUUGCCGCGGACAUCUCAGUUGAUCCGUGCGAAACACCAAUUAUAAAAUACCAAAGUAACGCACCACUGCCUUUCCUCUGUUUAGUUGUUACUUACGUUUCCUUCAUUUUUCCUUAUUUCCCUCGCUCUCUGCGCAUCUAUCACUUUCUCUCACCGAAUAUUCGGUCUUUUUUUCAGUUUCAUCCGUUUCAUUCUUUGUUACGUCGUUUUCGUCCCAUCGCCACCCUCUCCUACGAUAUUACGUGGUACUUUUUCCUUUUUUUCAUUCUUUUCUCCUAUAAUAAAAUUGCACCGCAUGAAAUUGUAGCAGAGGUGGAGAGAACAGGGGAAGAAAUACGAAAACGAACAAAGUUAGCUCGAAAGAAACUGUUUCCAUCGACGCGACAUGGGACUCGCUUAAGAUCGCGUCUGCUGGGAAAACGGAUUUUCCUUUCUUUUUGUUUGGAGUCUCGUGUCGCUGUUGGUCAAUUUCCUACUCUUGACUUUUCUUCGCUCCCUUCGUCGUACGUCAUUCUGUUUUUCAUUGGCUUCCUUUUGCUCCUAUCUAUCGUUUCCCUUCCUAAUCUCUCUUUCUAUUUCUGCCUCGCACAAUACGUAUUCACUGUACUAUUGUUCUUCUUGUUUUCUUCUUUCUCUGUUCUUUAUUAUAUUCGCUGCUAUCUUUGUCUCUCUUCCUCGCGUGACUUAAACAUGAUCUAGUCACUAGUUUGUAUUGCUAAAUACUUCCGUGAAUAUACUCAGCACUGGGGGUGCCUUACCGAAAAACAAAGUUUAAGAAAAAAAAUGGAAAAAUAUAAAAAGAACUGCGCAUUGUCUUUUAGCCUUACUUCGUGUGUAAAACGAGAUUUCAUGAUGGAUAAGAAAGAAGAAAAGCGAAAAAAAAUCGCAAAAGGGAAAUGAGGUGAUGGAAUGAAAAAAAAAGAUAAUUUGUCGCACCGAUUCUUCUUUGUUACGUCCGCGUAAUUGAAAGAAAUGGGAGAUUAACAGUAAGAAUAUUAUAACAAAAGUAAAAAAUGGGGAAACCAAAAAAGGUUGAACAAAUGGGAAACGAAUGCCACGACAUUGCCAUUAUUACGCUUAAAUCGAUACAAAGAUCCUGAUAGUAAAGACGUUAAUCACGCCACGGUACGAAAACCUGCAUGUACUUUUAGUAAUAAAUAUAUAGCUACGAUCCACCCAAAAGAGAAAGAAUUAUUAAACACGUUUUUUCAACGAGACACCUUUUUUUGUGUUCUCUGCUCGCCGAAGCAUGCGUAUAUAUUUAUAUAUGCAUAUAUAUAUAUAUAUGAACAACAUAAAAGAACGUGUCUGGCCAUGCAGUUUUGAAAUUCGCCGCGAAUCUAACACGCAUAUGUAUUCACUUACUUUUUUUUUAAACAUUUACAUAUUUUCCUCUUUCCUAAUUUUACUUCACGUGGCUAUACUGUAAUUAUUCUCAGGACCUAUCGAUUUCAAUCGAGAACGAAGUGUGCGUGUAUCGACCAUCGGUCGAAAUUCUGAUCGAUAUAUAUAUAUAUAUAUCUUGAAUGACACCUCCAUUGUCCGAUGCUGUUCGAUUGUGCCCGCGAUCUUCGACAGCACGGAUCGAUAAUCGUGUACGUCGCUAGAGGGACAAACUUCUUUUCGUUAAUGCAAAAAUCAGUAUUCUUGCGCCAUUGGAUUACAAUUAAUAUCGAUAAUCGAUAUUCACUCCAAACCGAGUACAAUACAUUAUGCGUUUUUAGUUAACUGAGAAAGAAAGAUAAGAAAAGAACUACAUUAUGGGAACCGCUGCCAAAUAAGAAGAAAAAUGGGGAAAAAAUAAUAAGAAAAACGUAAUGUGUGUUUACCAAGUCUCCAUGAAGUCAGUAGCCGAUAUAUAUAUGCUUAUAAUAUAUAUGUAUAUAUGGACAUUAUAUACAUGUAUAUUUAAUAUAUAUAUAUAUAUAUUCGUUUGAAAUAUGUACAUGUAGCUUUCUAAAAAGUUCGUUCGAUGUGUGUGUGUGUGCUGAUGUUAAAAAAAAAGAGCGCGGGCGGAGGGGUAUGGCGGGGGAAACGUGAAAACAAAGAUGGACGAUGGGUAUUCCCCUUGUAUACGGGGUACGACGGUGGUUUGCUUUUUGCGCGCGCUCGAGUCACGGAAGCUCGUUAAUUCGUCGUGUUGCGUUCACGCGGACAAAUUUUUUCUUAGGUCCGUUUGGAAAAUGAAAAAAAAUAAAUCAUAGGACUUAGUUUCGAAAGAGAGAAAAAAGUGAAAAAAAAGAUGAAAAGGCUUUACAAGGCCUAUUUACAUGCACCGUAUUCUAGUCUUAAGCACUCUAUGCCUUACACUGCCAGUUAUAAAGACGCGCUAUUCUUAUGGAUAUCUGUAAACGGUACACACACAUAUACGUAUAUAUAUAUAUACAACGAUGCUAUCGUCGCCGACGUCGUCGUCGUCGUCGUCGUCCUCGCCGUCAUCGUGUACUAUGUUUGUCUCAUGAUUAGUCACCUACAUCGUCAUUCUCCCCCUCACAAUUGUUUCUAAUCUUUUUCUGUAAAAAAGAAAGAAAACCAAUAUUGAUAUCUACCAUGAAUUUUUUUAUUACUAUUAUUAUUAUCGUUAAAAUUAUUAUUAUUAUUAUUAUCGUUAAGUUUCCAUCUUUAUCUCUGUUUACUUGGUUUUUACAAUCCGUUUCUAUCACUCUGACUGUUACCUCUAUGUGCUGUCUAAUUUUAUUCGCUCCUCUAUGUCUCCAGCCCUAGUUUUCUUAUCCUUGCCACUGAUACUCAUGCACGCCUAUGUGUAUUGUCUCUACUUUCUCUGUCUUUUGAUUUUUUUAGUCAAAACUUAGAAAUGUAAAGAACGAAAAUGGAAACAGAAUAACAUAUUUCAUGGAAACUUAUCCUUAAAAAAAGAAAGGGAAAAAGGGAAAGGAAUGAUCGCUACUAAUUUCACGCAGACUUUGAUAGACACGAUCGCGUCUUACGAAUGGUGAAAAUAUUGCCCGCAAUUAAUUCCGUAAAUUUGGAAAAUCCGCAACAGCGGGAGAUUAAAAAAAGAUAAAGCCGAACGACGAAAAAAUGUUAGUGUCGAUUGUUAUAAUUACGGUUGUCGUUAAAAGUGGGCAUUGAACAUCCUCUUAAAAAAAAGAUACGAAAAAAUCGAGAAUCAAUGAGAAAUGGAAAAAAAUACACACACACACAUACAGGUUAUCGAUAUCUUGCUGUUAUCGAAGUUUCUGCAUGCUCGGAUCACCGUUCUCGUUAUUGCCGUUUUCUCACCCUAUUGUCAUCCUCGUUGUAUACCUUUUUACGUUCUUCUUGCCCGCCGUCGAGAUCGCACGAUCAUCCGAGUGGAACUCGAAGAGAACAAAAAAUACCGAGAUAAAAACGAUGAACAAAAAUGCAAAAAAAAUAGAAGAUGAACGAAACUCGACUCGUCACUCUUGUCCCGUCCCUAAACUGCAUUAAGCAUCUUUAUACGCUCCGAUUGUUCUUACUCUGUACUCUAUAUUUAAACGCAUUUCGCGACUAUUUAAGAUUGUGUAGAGUAUAAAAAAACUAAUGUCGUACACGGAAAGCAAAAAAAAAAGGAGGAACAAAUCGUGUAGUUUCGAUAUCCAAUACAGAAUGAGAGUAAAUAGUAUUGUUAUAAAAUGAAACGAGCAAAAAUGCUGUCCUCUCUCGAUACAGACCGAUGUUAUCGGACGAGUCGCGUGUUUAUGAGAAGAGUAAGGAAGGGGGAGGGGGGGGGGGGGGGGGGGGAGAACGAACGAGAUAAAAGUACGAGAAGAGAAAAAUAUGGUCAGCUGACUGUGGUCAGCUUGAUAUUCCGGCAUAGAAGCUGCUCGUGUGUAAGGUUUUAUUCGAGGCCAUUCUUGAGACAAAAUAUAUAGUUGAGUUCUCGUAGCAUCGAAGUUGAUGAAAGAGAAACUGUCCUUGUAUAUACCUCGCGACGAUCGUCACCGGUGCGAAUCCUUGUAAAAUCGGCCACUCUGCUCCGGGGACGUCUCUAUACCUUUUGUGUUUCCUUUCGACGUUGCUACGAGCAAGAAGAAAAGAAGAUGGAAUAAAAGACAGAAGAGGAUGAAUAAAAGAAGAAGAGGAUAGAAUAUAAAGUGUGAACUUAAUCGACACGAUGAAAGUGAGAAAAAUCAUGUUCGUGCAGCGGUAUGAUAUUGCAUCGAUCCGUAAACGUCGUUUCCCAUCUCGUGCUUCGAACUGAUUAUCGAUCCUGUAACGAGAUCGAGCUGUCUUCACCUAACGAUGUAAAUAUACUAUAUAUAUAUGCUAUAUAUAUACUAUAUAUAUACAUACAAUAGUAUUCUCGCGCCUUUAAUCGGUCAUCGAUCUCUAGGGGCAUUUAUCAUGCUCAAAAUUUUUCUUAUAUGUAUAGGUUAUGUUUGGCGUAUAAAAUAAUUCUCAAUCAUUUACUUACUUUUUAUAGUAUUUUUUCCUUUUUUCAAUCUUUUUACAUAUUUAUGUCAUUUGUUUUUGUUGUAAAUAUAUAUUAUUAUUGAUUAGAUCACGAUCAUGAUAAUGGUCCUAUAGAUUGAUCAAGCAAUCCGAUGAUUUUGUUCGUUUUUGUUUAAAGGAACUCGGUGGAGACGAGUAGCCAGAAAACACUUGUAUAUCCUUGUAAAGUAAACCUAAUCACUAGACAGCGGAUUUUUAUGCAAAUUCAUAUGUUCAAGAGAUACAAUUAAAUGAGUAGGACCUAGACAGAAAUUUCUUUUACUUAUUAAAUGUUAUAAAGGCUAUUAUACCUUGGAUAUUAGAUAUACUUCUUUAUACUAUACAUUCUAUACAUUCUAUGCAUUUUUGUAUCUUUAAAUUUCUUAUAAUUGCAUAAAAAUCCGCGGUUUAUUUAUCACUGUAUCAGAGAGUUAGAGGAACAGCGAGAGGGGGGGGGCGACUUCCGGUGGCCCGUGACGCAAACUUUCUCGUAGAUUUGACUAAACCGGAGAUCGUCGUCCCCAUCGCCGAUCAAAUUGUUUCCGUCGGUAUUUCCAGAUUGCAAGGUUAAUCCUUUUGCGGCAUUUAAAUAUUCUUACACAGAAUUUAUUGUUAACCGUUGUCUUCUGUCCUUGUUGAAUCAAUAAUAAUAAUAAUAAUAUUAGUGAUAAUAACGACGACGACGAUGAUGAUGAUAAUGAUAACGAUAAUUGAGUCUCAAUAUCGACUUCACAAUAGAUAUUGAUUGAUAUUGGUUUGCGAAAGAAUUAAUCUUGUUGGAGAAAGAGAUUUGUGGCCCAUGCGCAAACGAAAAUUUCGAAUUACGAAUUCACGUGGUAAUAUUGCUAAUAUUGUACCAUUUGUAAUAUCAUUUCACGAUAUACCGAAAGAAGAAGGAGAAAAGAAGGAAAUGUGCUGAGUAUUUUCAAAUAGUUGGGAGAAUUUCUGUCGAUCGAUGGUUGCAUAGCCACAAAAAUUCUGUUUUCGAAUCUGGUAUCUCCGGUCUAUCGUAUAGAAUCGAAACGUGCCACUGCCUGCGGUAUCGAGACGCCGGAUGUUGACACUUUCGUAAUGGCAUUUAACGUACACUGUAAUUUCUCUUGAUUUUACGCUCCGCCAUUGUUCGAUAAUAAUCGCGUUAUGCAUCUCCAGACACCGUGCAUCGAGAUUUUCUUUCCUCUACUGAUUAUCUAUUUCCUUUCCUUUUAACCUAAAAAACAUACCUAACGUAACUUAAUUAUUAGGACUUUUCCAAUAUGAUACAGUUAAAGUUGAAUAAGUGUUCGAGAAAAAGAAACACGAACUUGCAUUUAUCUAAUAGACGGAUGUAUUUUCCAUUGCAACAAUUUUCAACCUUUUUUAUCUAAUCCUUAACAAACUAAUACUAAGGCAUGAAUUAAUUAGUAAAAUUCUGCGGAACACCAAAAGAUAUAUUAUAUUUGGUUCAAGACAGGAUAUUCACACUGGGCGACUAUUGUUUUGGCUGUCAGUAUAUUUUUAUUUGAUAAUCUAAAGGAGAAGAGGUCAGUGCCCCUGACUAAAUAAUUAGAUAUUGCAUGUUUUCAAAAUUCUCGCGGUACAUUGGUUGAAAAAUGCUGAUCUAUUGGUCGAGACCAAACUUCAAAAAAGACAGUAAAAAGGAAAGAGAAAGAAAUUCGAGAGAGGGGGGGAUAAUGACGAAAUACGGAGUAUAUCGUGCCGCACACUUAUCCAGCUUUCGCUGUACAUGAAUUUUUUGUAGAAAGAAUUAAAAAGAGGUUGGUAAAACUCGACUCAUGCUGUCGGAGAGGUUGAUUUCACGUCUAAUGACGUAAAAAAAAGGAAAAAUAAAAAAAGUUGAAUAGCGUUAAUCGCGUCCUUGUACUAUAAGCAAUAAACAAAAAGAGAGAGAGUGAACGAUGCGAGACGAUUUGAAAGAUCGAUACCAGUGAUACGUACGAGUGCUGCAAUAUCUUACUGCUGGAUCGAUCGUUAUCGCGCUCGAAGCAGCGGCGAAUUUUCUUCUUCGUGUUAAGAGGGAAAGAAGGAUCCCAUAGAACCGUGACGAACUUUCUUGAGGGAAAAAGAGUAAAAAGUUGAAAAAAAGAGCUACUUUAGACGCGUCGAAACUUGUAUUUAAAAAAAAACUAUGCGGAUCUAUCGAAUAAUUAUAUUUUACACAUCUAGCGACGUUUAUUCCCGCCCCGUUGUUUAGAAAAGAAAAUCUUGUCGUCUCAUUUCAGUAAUUAAAGUACAAGAUUAUUUACGAGAUAUAUACAAAAAAGAAAGGAUAACCUCUGUAAACUGUUCAAUUUCGCCGACACUGUCGCGCCUUCGUCAUUAUCUUUGCAGCCAUUAGGCAAACAAUCAUUGUUCUCUGCAUCCAUCUCCCGCCGUUUUCGCGUCCGAUUAUCGAUCGCGAACAAAUCGAUUGUCGAUCGAUCGGACCUAGCUGUACUCUUUUUGAAACGUCGACUAUCCUUCGAAUCGCUUUCCAUGAUUAUCCUUUUGAAAAAUAAACAAGUAAUUAACUAAAGAAAUACAGAAAACAAAAUCGAUUCUUUUAUAGGUUAUGAUCGUUUUCCAAAUUUGGUACAGAUUCGAACGAAGAACAAAAUCGAAGUUGUCGAAAUCUCAAAUGCAGAAGUCGAAAUUCUAUAUGUCAUAAAUGACGAUAAUUAUUAAUUUUUAAUUUAUUAUGUUGUGUAAUAAGUUCUUUCGCUAAAAAUCAUUACUUUUUCAUUUUUAAUUACUUAAGAUUCAUUUUUAGCUACUAGAUUUUAAUUAAAUUUUGCUCUAUUAUCUUCUGAAGAUAAGUUAGGUUAAUUAUACAUAUAUAUGUAUAAAUUUAUUAAGUAAAUUUUGGUCCAUUAUCCUUUGGAAAUAGAUUAUCUAACUUAAAAUUUGUUUUGCUUUGUUAAAAAAUUCUAAUAUGUAUAUUUUUACAUACUUUAAAUUAUUUAAUGAAAGAGAUUCGAAAUUUAAUACCAAACGACAAACGAAUUUGUUACAUAAACCAUACACGCGGCAAAUUUGGUCGCUUAAUUUUUUAUUUUUAAUUUAAUUUAGCUCUUAACUGUUAUCCUUGGGUAAUAUAGGUGACUACAAGUUUACGGUACUCAAUAUUAAAAUAUAAAUUUAUUGGAGAAAAAGUAUCAUUAAUUAUUUUUAUCGCCUCAGACAUAAAUGUUUAAACAAAUUAAAAUACUUGACAAAUAAGAAUGUACUCUACUGCAACGAUACCAGUUGAGGGUUAAACAUAUAUAUUUAAAUAUAUGUAUUUAAACAUUUUCGAAAAAAAUUACAGAUUCGCAUAAUUUCGUCAGAAAAAUGUUUGAAAAGAAUGCGGCUUCCGUCGUGAGGACCGAGAAACGGCUGGAAUUUCGAGUCCAUGAUCGAUCGUUAUUAGCAGACUGCGGAUUUUUAUGCAUUUAUGAGAAAUUUAAGGUUGGAAAAAUGCACACAAUGUAUAUAGCAUGCAAGAAUAUGUAAUAUAUUCAAAGUGAAAGCAUCAAAAUUAUGAUUAGAUUGCGAAUUUUUAUGCAUUUAUAGCAAAUUUAAGGGUGUAGAAAUGCACAGAGUACAUAUUAUAUGUAAAAAUCUAUAAAAUAUCCAAAAUAGAGUAUUUAUUGUAUUUAGUAGAUGAAAUAAAUUUUCACUUAGGUUACAUUUCUCCAGUUGUAUAUGUUCAGAAAAUUUUAUGUAUAGAAAUCCGCAGUCUAGUAAUGAUAUUUAGAAAACGGAACAAGUCUCUAUUUUAAGUUCCAUUUCUUUAUUCAUAUUUAGAAAGAUAUGAAUUUGCAUAAACAUCCGCAAUCUAGUUAUUAAUGGAUCCAGAGCGACACGAGAAAACUCACCAUUGCGGUUGGGACCAAGUCUCGACGAUCGUCAAGAGUAAUUAGAAAGACAAAAGAGAAAAAAAAGAGUAUUAAAAAGUAUACAAAAAAAGUAAUAAUAAUAAUAAUAAUAAUACCAUUGAGCUAGCGGAAGAGACGAUUUCUUUCGGCAGCUUAGUUGUGUCUCGUCGUUUAUAAAUUAUACGUAAAAAGAAAAUCCUAGCUACGUCGUGCGCGCGCUCAGAGCUGAAAGAUUAUAAAGUAAAACAGAAAAGAACAAAAAUACGUACGUAUACAUUGAUUAUAUUUCCAUCGUUUUCUCAAUUUACUGGAUUUCCAGGCUAUCGAUCGCCGUUUCGCCGAUCACGAAAGCCGGUGGCGGAUAAUGACAGUGUGUCAGAAAAUGCACAUUCAGUUUGCGAGUAAGUUCAUGAAAAAAAGUGCGUGCAUGUCUUUGCGUGUAAAGAAAAGGAAAAAGAACAAAAAAAAAGGAUAAGAAAGGAAACAAGAGAAAAAAAGAUAAAGUUAACUCAUAGAUCAUUUAAAAGAAUACUAAAUGCGUAUACAUAUAGUGAGGAGACAUUGGACACUGUUAUAAUACUAAUUUACUGAUAAAUGACAUAAGAAAAUAAAAAAAUGAAGAAGAAAGUGGUGAAUGAAAUUAUAAAAAGAACUAAAUUUUUUGGUAAAUAAGCCUUCAUUCCCAAGUACGAAUCCUAGGAGUUAUGCAGAUUGUUUUUUGCAACUAUAUUGAGCGCAACACUUGGCAAAACACUAAAUAUAUUAAGCUAGUUAUUUAUAGCGAGUUUCAUCCAAAGCGUUUUUGGAGGAUAUUCGAAGUUUAUUCCAUUGUCAAUGGGUUAUUGCCGAUACAGAUGCCCAGAGAAAACGAGAGAGAGUGUGUUUUAAUUCUCACAGUUUGCCUCAAAAACAUACCAAGCAGCAUAAAAAGAUACGAAGGAAAGAAGUGACAUGUAUAAAUAUAUAUACAUAUAUAUAUAUAUAAAUAUAUAUAUAUGUGUGUUCAGAAUAUGUAUGCGUUACUGAUAUUCAGAAUAUAUAUACAUAUAUAUCUAUAUGUAUAUACAUGCAGUAAUAAAAAUUGAAGAGUUGUAUUGUGCCAGAAUAUGUAAUAUCCUGUGUUAUGAUUGGAAACUUGUUGUAAUUCAGAAGUAUUUUGAGAGAGUAUCCUUUCUAGCGACGAGUCGGAACUUAACUGGUUAAAAUUAAGCAAGUAAUAUAUUUAUUGAAGUUAAAGUGUGGUAAAUUUUAGAAACGUUGGAAUUAUGUUUCAUAUAACGAGUUAUUGAUUUGUUUCACAUGUGCAAUCAUAUAAUGUGAAAUGAUAUAUUGUGAACACUAAAAUAGAUAAUGAAAAAUUAUAUUAUAAAUUUGAAUUUACAAAAGUUUAAUUGAACGUUAUAAAUAAAGAGAAAUACACAAUUAUACAAAGUCGA